AAACAUCUAAUUAUUAACAUAUUUAUUUAAUGCCGCAGAGCCAUUUAGCCUCAAGGCCCGUAAAGGCGUGUACGGAGUGUAAGCAGGCAAAGUUACGAUGUGAUUCCAAGGAGAAGUUCCCUGAUCCAUGCUCUCGGUGCAAUGCAAGACAUUUGUUUUGCACGGUGGACGCCACUUUUAAGAGGACGCCAGCGAGAAAGCGUUUGGAGGCCAUGAGUAAGGAGCUUCAAGAACUACGCAACCAGACUCAUCGUACAGGAGAUCAAUUGGUGACUGGAUCGAGCUUUACAUCCGAGAGCAGAUCACCGGCGUCCCAGGAUGAAGGUGUAGAUGAAUUUGAGCUUACAUCGUUUACUGUGAGCUUGGCUGGGGUAGUCGUCGACUCUUCUACUGCGACAGAGGCCUUCAUGGUUUUUGCCGAGUACAUGCGUCCUCGACUUCCGGUGGUCGCAUUCCUCUCCGCCCAAGCAGCCUAUGAGAACCAGCCCUUUCUCUUCUGGACAAUUGUCACAAUUGUGCUCUGUCGCUUACCUGAGGCAGACAACAUCGCUUUAUUCCAGUUGCUUCGGGCGCCAUAUGAGAGAUUGGUACAGGAGACUGUAACUGACGCGCCACUACCACUGUACAAGGUCCAAGCUUUGUUGCUUCUCUGCAACUGGCCAUUGCCUACAGACAAACAAUGGAAAGAGCCCAGCUGGCUUUACUGCGGUGUUGCUAUCCAAGCUGCCCGAUAUCUGAGUCUUGAUCGUCAGCAAACUAUUCCAUCUCUUCGUGUUAUUGGGGUCACAUCGGGGAGCAUUCGGUCAAGAAUCAACACUUGGCUGUCAUGUUUCAAUGUGUCAACAUCACUGAGCUUACAUCUGGGCCUUCCUUGUCCUAUCGAAUCGGAGCUGGACUUUGCUGCUAUUCAUGCAUUUCUGAAACGACAAACCGUACCGCCAGCCUUUGCGAUUGAAGUACGCAUCCAACUAGUUGUCGCAAAAUUCACAGCGCUACUCAACCAUGAGCUGGCAGACGGCACAAGUUCAUCAUUUCUCCGCUUGUUUGACACUGAACUUGAUGCGAUAAAGAAUGAGAUACUACCAGAUGAAGAAACGAAGAGCAUAGUUGAAUACGCAAUCCUAGACGCCAAAAUACACAUAUACACACUUGUAAUCACAAAAUCCCCGGUAAAUUCAUCCUUCCGCCAGAUCCUUCUCCGAACAGCACGCGACAUAGCUCUUCGAAUAGUCGAAAUCGGAACACGAGCUAUCCGUACCAACCCCGAAAACACAACCCUCACCCGACGCGAGAAAUGCCAACCGAAAGACCGCCACCGAUGUUUGGGUUUCUCAACAAUCUUCCUCCUCAAAUUCUUCAUCCGCCAAAGUUCCGACGGACCCGAAGAGCGACAAAUAGUCGCAAACCAUGUCGCUAUGACACAAACGCUGUGUAGAGCAUGUACGAUUGAUCCGAAAGAUGAGUUCAGUCGCAUUGCAAGUGUGUUCGAAGCACUGGGACGCGAGAGUUCCACAGAGGAGGAGAAGACAAAGUUGGUGCUUAAUCAUAGGAUGGGCGUGUCCUUGAUGUUUGAUGCUGUUAACACGGCGGGGAAGAUACGAGGCAAGCCUGUUGAGGUGGAGGAAGGUGAUGGGGGAACGGUUGAGGAGACAACGACAGAGACGGUGCAGGAUCAUGAGGAUAUGAUGAGUCAGGUGGAUGGGAAUCCAGAGUUUUUGAAGAACUUUUGGAGUGAUCCGUAUACGAGCUUGCUCCAGUUUGACCCGACAUCACUGGAGGGUGACUAUCCAAAUACCUGGUAAUGGACCUAGAAGUUGAAUCCUUCAGGGAGCUUCAGGCUUGCAAGGCCCAUGUGCUCCUGCGAUCCAUGGAUGUCGUUUUCCAUGAACCCGCCGGCAGAUUUCUUCUUCCCCGAUCGGACUCUGGGGAUGGUUACCUUGAAAGAGAUAGCAGGAUCGAAGAAGCCAAUCCAGAUGAUAUCUUCCUCUGAGAUGCCGAUGGCUUUCGCAACAUUGCUGGCUGACAGGAGAUCGGAGGAUUUGACAGCUUCAUAAGCUUCUUUGGACGCGAACAUGGCAUCUAUCGUGAUCUCGUAUGGACCAGCGUUCUUGGAUCGGACAAUGCGGCACAAGUCUGAUAGUGUCUCAGAUUUCUGGAUAGCUUGAUUCGGAGGACUAGGCGAACGCUGGGGACUUGCGCUCGCCCGCUGAGGAGGCUUGCUAUCGACCUCAGGCACCGUAAUGUGCCCGUUGGUGCCGUUCAUGACCCCUUUGCCAAUUCGAGAGACCGUGCCUCUCAGCAACGAGCCUCCUAGCACAGACCCAUCACCACCCAGAGCCAACCUCUCUUCGCCCGGCUCAAGGUCCAUGAGAUGGUACAGCGAGAACUCAGCACAAGGACCAAGUUCAAUCUCCAUAAGGCCACCAAGGCCGAAGCCAAAGUUGCCUGCAGUCGCUUUCUGCCCUGGAUAUGGUGCAUGCUAUCACGCAUUAGCUUGGACUGAUGGUAGAUAGGGAGACUUACAGUCAUUCCAACUCGAGCCUUGGAGGCAAUGCUGUUAGCCAACUGCUGUGUCGGCGCGAGUGCUUCAGCAACGAUGAAGAGUUGACCUGGUCCGGCAUGCGUGUACUGGUCUUUGCCGUAGACAUGGAAGUCAAUGUUCCACUGACCGGCGAUCUCGGGAUGUUGUUGGUCAACGUAGACCUUGACGCGGGCCAAUAGUUUGUCAAUCUGGGAAACGAGGAUAUCUAUUAAUGUUAGAAUGAUUUCAUACGUUGGAGGCAGGGGCUUUUUACGGUCUGUGAUACUGCCCAUGAACAUAGAGCGAUAACCAACAAUACGUGCAGCUUCCAGCUUGAGCUGAUAAGGCUUGCCAUCUGCUUCUGACGAGCGAUAAACACCGCCA